CUCAGGUCGAGCGUCGCGACUCCGGCACUAACUCGGACUCGGACGGGUGUCGGGUUCAGUCGAUUUACGGGUUUAGUUACAUCUACUUCUACUAGCCAGUAGGCGUAGCGCGUCGCUAACGUUACACGUAUUCAUAACGCGCGUUAAAAAUACAUUAUAAACAUCGAUAUAAACAAAACUUUAUGAAAUAUGUAUACGAAAAUACGAUAAGCAUCUUUUCAUGUAUUCAUUAACGUUAUAAUUUAUUUUGUAAAUGCUACGUUUAGAAGAAAGAUGUGAUGUGCUAGUGAAAGUAUUGUAUUAUACGAGGAGAUGAGGGAUGACCUUUAUGGAAACCUAGGAGAGCUACAUGAAUCUAAGUACUAAGGUAAUGCGAGGAGAGAUAGCGAAGUUGUGUUUGGUGAUCGCUACCCUCGCGCUCGGGACCGUAUCGAGUGACGGAGCGUGCGAGCGGGGGCGCACUUGGUGGCACCGGCAGCGCGGCGCCUGCAUCCCCUGCACACGCUGCGACCCGCGCCGCCUCGCCGUUAAAUAUCCAUGCGAGCUACACCGGGACACCAUUUGCCAACCUCUUUACGAGGUCCGCAUCUGGCCCUUCAACACGGAGAAAGACAAUGACGCGAGUGAAACGUCCAGUGAUUAUGAAUAUUACGAGGACUCAGACUACAGCGGUGAAGUGAGUGAUGAUCUAGAGUGGGAUAUCCAGACAUCGACCCUAACUCUUGCCGUCAGUGGGUGUAUAGUGUUUUUUGUGGUAGUUGUAACUCUGUCACUAUACCACGCGAAGCAAUGGCGAGUGUUGAAACAGACCCUUAAGACAGACGUACAAAAUUUAUCAGCCAAGCUGAGACUGAUGGAGGCCGGUGCAGAUGGUCCAGCAGAUCCGAUGCCCAGUGAACAUCACAUUUAUUGCAAUAUACACGUCGGCAAAGAUGCUUUGCUUGGCCCUGUUUCGACCAAAAAAGGCUUGGGGAACGUAUACACGCAGGAGAAGCACUCUCCUUAACCGAUGACCACCGUAAAGCAAGCAAUACAAGUACAAAAUAUAUCGAAGAACCUCGCACAUCACUUAGAAGGGACAUAAUGAAAUACUUAUUUUUGUAACACGAAAUAUAUAAUUCAC